AGAAAACUACACCCAACCCAAAACAAACGUUGGUUGUUGGUUGGCACAUUCUCGUUCGUGAGAUUUUGAGGGGAGGGAAACGAAACAGUGCCUAAUAGUAAUACUCAUACGGAAGAAAUGCUGAGAAAGUGCAAGAAAAAGUGACGGAAAAAGGAAAGAAGCAUUUAGCUAAAGCUAAGCUAAACCCACCAGCAAGGGCUCUCUCUGAUUCGCUUGCCUUGCCUGCCAUUACCAUUUCUGCUGCUACUUUCUCCCCCGGAUAUCAACCAACGAGUUCUGAACUGUUAUUCCUCUGAAUUGGAGAUGAACACCGAGUACCUUAGGGUUUCCUUUCGUCUGGACAAUUGGACUUGAUGAUGAUGGUGAAGCAGAAGACGACGAUGAAGGAACUUGUGGGAUUCAAUAAAUCUGGCUUCUUGCUACCUCGCGAACCCUAAAUAACUGCAUCAGAGCUGGACAGUUGGAGGCGCCCUUUUGACUUGCGCCAAAACCCUAUACGCACUUGGCCUGAACGUUGGAUUAAAGGUCAGAUUUUCAACUGUUCAUGGAACAAUCCAGAUAUUUGGAGCCCGAUCUACAACAUUUGCUGGUUUAAUUUCGAUUGUUCAUCUGCUGAUCUGGACAAAUUCACUGGGAUCGUGGUGGCUGAACGUAUUUUUAGCUUAAAGAUAGCAUUUUUAUUUUUGUUUGCAGGGUUUGGGUCCUUUUGGAAUCUGGGCGUGGGGAUCACAAUUCACAACUUGACUUGGUGGGGUUGGAAAUAUUGAAGGGUAGUUUGGCAGAGGGUCUGCCUAAUUGAAAGUUGUGAACUUGCAACUCUGUCCCAUAGCUUCAUUUCCUGGUUGGUUUCUUAGCUGGAUUAGAUCAGAAAGAGGGGGGAAGAUGCAUGCUAGGCAUAGAAAUCCUGGAAAUGGUUAUAAUAGGUCAGGUUCUAUGGGAAUGGGCUUUGGCGGUGGCUCAAGGAUGUCCCCAGAUGGUUCAGCUAGGGGUGGUGGUCAUGGGUUCUAUAACUCUGAGUACAGAACCUUCCGCAAUCGAGGCUUUGUCCGUGGUGGUCAUGGCCAUGCUCCUGGGCACCAGCAAAGAUCCUUUCAGCAACCACCUCAUUUGCCGGCUCGCAAAGGCGAUAUCUUGAUGGAGGCUGGUAGGCUUGCUGCUGAGUAUCUAGUCUCCAAAGGCAUGUUACCUCAGAAUGCACUUGCUGGGAAGUGGCAGAAUGGUAGCUUGAAGAAAGUGACUCGUGAUUAUCUACAGCAAGAGCCCCCACCAGUGCAAGAGGGCCGGGUAUCCGUCCACUCAAGAUUAGGUACUGGUUCUUCUGAUGCAGGCUCAAGUGACAGAAGAUAUGCCGAUGAGUUUGGUUCUAGGAAUCAGUCUAAAGGGCGGAGAAGAGGUGAUUAUCCUCGGAGUUACAGUUCCGAGUGGGUGAGAGACUCUGGAAGGAGUAGUUCUGGGUCGGAAAGAAAUCGGGAGUCACCUGAAGGGGAGGGUCAGUAUGAAGUGCAACAAGGCAGUAAGGGUACGGAUGAUCGGCUGCGGGUAUCAGAUCGUAAUAAUGGAUUAGGACCAGAAAAAGAGGAAGCAGCUGACGGCGACGAAUCGGGAUUCGAGAAAUACAAUUGCCCCCCUGAUAAUUCGGUUUCCAAGGCAAGCUCUCCUGGUGCUGAGAGAGAGGAGGUCGAUACUGAAGUUUUGAAGGGGCCUAAAGAUUCGGUGGACUUGACUCCGGGGAAUGAAGAGAUAGAGGAUUUUAACAAUGAUGAAAGUGGCAAACAAACUGUUCCUGAGGAUGACAUCUCAAGCAAAAAUGGAUCUGAUUUGUUAGCUUUCUGCAACCUUGUCAAGAUACCGACAAAAAUACGAUCUGCAUUGACCAGCAAGGUUUCCAAGGUUGAUCAUGUCUCUAGUGAUGGAGCAAACUUAUUGGUAACUGUACCGCCCAAAGGCUCAGAUGUCUUAGAUCAAGAUGUUGCCUGUGAUGAUCCCCUUCCAACUAUUGUUGAGGAAGUAAGCGAGAUGAAUGAUCCAAAGCAUUCCCAUGCUGAAUUAUCUCAACAGUUGCCUCUUCAGUGUGACGAGGAGGAUAACAAAGUAAGCCCAGCAUAUGGAUCGGAGCAUGGCAAGUGCAUCAGGUCUCGGUCGUUCUCAGAUGGAGUUUUUGAUGUUGAUAGCGAGUUUGAAACAAGCAAUGAAGCAGUGAAAUUUGGAAGGUCUAGCUCUGUUAAGGAAAGAGGCGAGAAGCGUCCUGCAGAUGACAGUGAUACGAGUCAGCAACAGAAAAAACCUAGAGAGAAUCUUCUUCCUAUCUUCAUUCCUAAUGUUGCCAAUAAAGUGACAGAAAAUCUCGUGACUCCAAAAGAGGAAGUGGUUUCACUUGCUCAGCAGCCGUUGAUAACUGAAAGUAGUUUGGUUAAUAGUCGUGAGUUCCCAGAGGAUAUUGAUGACGAAUAUGAUCAAGAGAAGCAGCAGUUUCCUGGUUCAUUCAAGAUAUGCGAUUUAAACCUGAUGGAAUCUUCCGAUAUCCAUGACAAUACGGGCAAUGAGUCGGUUCUUAUGUUCCCGCCUGUUGUGCUUUCCCAAAAAGCAACAGCAAGUGUUGAUUUGUCGAUGAGUAAUGCAAAGAUGCCUAAUGAAUAUGUUAGGCAUGUCAGUACCGGUAAGGAGAUAGAAGUAAUUGAUCUGGAGAAUGAUGUUUCCCCUCCAGAAAACGAGGCUGUUGGAAGUUCACAGAAUAAGAUGGAAGUUGAAUUUGGUGGCACAGAGGGAUUUUCUGGCAAUGCACAAGCAUCUGGCCAUAUAACUGACGUUCAAGAUAAUUAUGAUGGUCUUAUAAUCUCGGAGUUCCUUAGCACUUUCUCAAGCUGUACGUCCGUAACUGAAGGCAUUAACCCACUGCAGAAUGAAAUGGGCCUUCACAAUGCAGAGGGAACUCUUGGAUAUGAUGACUCGAUUUAUACGUCCCUUGAAGAAAUACCAUUAAGUUUUAUACCAGACUGGGAGCAGCCAACACCACAGGGGUUUGAGAAGCCAUUUUGAUCCUCUUUCUCCCACAAAAUGCAGCUUCGGUGUAUGGCUUUGUACUAUGGUCUGGUCAUCGGAUUCUUGCAACGACCAAUCGUUCAACCAAACCCGAGAUCCUUGUGUUGGCCUUUCCACAAUUCAAGUGUCAGCAUCAUCAUCUCAAUCUGCAGUUGCUGCUGCGGCGGCAUUGGUGAAUGCUGUUUCAUCUUGUUGUAUGAAUUUGUGUCUCACCUUCCUUCCUCCCUACCUUCAGCCGAGGAAAGGAAAUGGAUGUAAGUUUUCAUUGUCGAUUAAUGUUGUACACGAGUCACGCUUGAGAAUCAAGUUUGUUGUUAUUGUUUCACGAUUAGGCCGUCUGUCCGUUGUUGUGUAAUAUGUCGAAACAACAAGAAGCAUGCUCAAUGACGAUGUUAGAUUGCUGACCAACUAUGCUAGGUCGUCCCUGCCCUUUUUCUCUGGGGUGAAGAGAGGAGUCCAAUGAGAUUAUCAUCAUGGAAGUGGAUUCCAUAAGAAUAUGUUCAUUGAUCUCAAGAAUGAUAUGUUAUUUAUCGGCAUCACAUGGUCCUACUUCCCAAGAAUGAUAGGUAAUCGGAAGUGCAUGUAUUCUGAGAAUCCAUGGCUUCAAACCACCUCGUAUUUGCAUUGAUGUAACGUUUACCUUCUUUUUGGGGUUUUAAUCAAGAACUUCAAUACAG